UACGCCCAUAUUGACAGAAAGCCGCGUUGAUAAGCCGUAGCACAAUUGCGUUUAAUGUGGUAAACAUAUAUGCGUCUUAAUGCAUAUUUAGUUACAGUGUUAUCAAACACCGGACAGCCCUUUUAUAUUAUACGUUUUCGGAAAUGACAUCUUUUGCAAGAAAAUAGCAACACGCGCGAGGUGCAGUGCUGUUUUUAGUGUCAAUAAUAAUGACAUAAAUAUUAUUUACGCUGUUAUUCACAAAUGGGACGGAUGUACGUUUCGGCGUCGUUUUUUAUUCUACUUAUUUGGAAUGCUAAAUGUCAAGUACCGUGGAACCCCGGAAGUUCCCUCGCUCGGGUACCGGGACUACGGCCGGUAGGAGGGGGUAUGGCGUAUCCAGAAUUUUUAGUCCCCAAUUCCGGUUAUGAAGAAAACCGCUGCCCCGCCGUCGAUCAAGACUGUCCUUCCCGAUGCCGGUCUGUGGACAACCGGAAGUGCAGAGUCUGCGACUGCGCAAUGCGACCGGAGGCGACGUCAUCGAGCAACGCAUGCGCACCGCCGCCUAAGGAUUGUCCAAGCAAGUGUCGCACAGUGGAUCAAAACAAGUGCAGAGUUUGUUCAUGCGGUGCCGACACUCAAGAGGCCGACAAAGGGAAUGGCGCACUUCCAAUCAGCGGCGACACGUACCGAAAGUGCUACGACAUGAUUAUGUGCAUGUUGUCGUGCCACGACGGCUACAAUCUCAGCACGAAUACAGACGAAACGGGCUGUCAAACGUGCGCAUGCGUGGAUUCACAACCGGGACCUUCGCAACAGUCCCAACAACAUUCGGAACAAACCACAAAAGAACCAACCACUUCAGUAUCCGGUAUGAGCUCUUCAAGCGGCAACGGGCUCUCACCUUCCGGGAGCGGCGACGGUGCAAGUGUCGGAAGAGACGCUUGGGGAUCUGGUUCAGGUACCGGAAGCAGUGGCAGGGGUGGUGAUCCCUGGAAUGCAGCGGCGGUUGGAGGCAGUGAAGGGAGCGCUGCAGGUGGCGGAAUGGACGCUUGGGUAGCCAAUAACGUCGGUGAUGGGGCGUCUUCUAGUUGUUCCGGGCCGAUGUGUCCGGGCAGUGGAGGCGGCAUGAACCCGAUGUUUCCGGGAGCCGGUGGAAGCGGAAGUGGCGGCUGCACGGGCCCGUUCUGUAUGGGCGCCGGAAAUGGCGGAAGUGGAGGAACCGGAAGUGGCGGUGGGAUGAUGGGAGGCCCCGGGGGAGUGGGAGCUUUCAGCCCAUUCGGACUAGCGGCCGGAAGUGGUAGUGGUUCAGGAAGUGGCUGCACGGGGCCGUUCUGCACCAUGACAGGGAGUGCCGGUACCGUCUCUUCCGAUCAUCGUUCAACGAAAAAAAGGCGCCCUGCCCCUAAGUGGGGUAACAACAACAACUGCGUUGGGCCGGAGUGCUCGGCAAAAGUGGGGCAAAGAUUUAACUGAGCCUGGAUCAAAACGGGUUUGAUACACAACACGAGUUUUGAUUGCAAUGUACUAAAUAAUUAGGCCAGACAAGUUUUAUUCACUGUUCAGCAUCCCAAUGAUUUUUAAAAACUCACAUGUACUAAUUUUUAAUUCGUUAAAAUCCUGUUAUUAAACAGUUAAUACCAUGUAUACAUCUAAUGAUUGUACACUUUUACCAUAUUUAUUUCGAACAGUUGGGUCAUGUGACCCAUAACCGUACCUUUUAAAGGCCCUUUUCUCCUUGCAUUUCUGAUUUUUCUAUAUGCAUGAUUCUUGUGAACAUAUGAACAUUACUGGAGCUUUUGCUUGUAAUUAUUUUGUUUUGAAUGAUUGAUAUGAAAUUAACAUUUAAAUUAUAUUAUAUAAUUAUAUGUUGAAAUAUAUAGUAUUACCUCAUUUUACCAAAACACGAAUAUAAUUAUGAAACGAG